AUGAAGCGGCCAAGUAGAAAAGUGGAUUUAAAGCAGAAAAAGAAGAAGAACAAAAGCGAGCAGAAACUUGUGAUUUCCGAAACAUCGUGUAGCGGAGUGGAGGCAAGCAGUAACAUGAAAAAGGAGACAAAAUGGGAGUUUGAUGAUGGUGAUGCAGCAGCAAUUGCAAAAACCGUAGGACCUCUUCUUGAUCGAUUGAAGAAAAGUGGAGCUCUCAGAAGCAUUAGAGAAGAAUUUAGGAGAAUAAAGGGAUAUAUUCCGGGAGGUCCUAAACAGGCAUUUACUGCAAAUGAAGCAUUUAAUCGUUACAGAGAUGUUCUUCUAUUAGACAAUACUAGAGUAAUACUGAAAAACAGAGAUAGUGAUUAUAUCCAUGCCAGCAAAGUUAUGGUCGGCAGAAAUGUGUUUAUUUGCGCACAAGGACCCCUAGCAAAUACAGUUGAAAGUUUUUGGGCGAUGAUUUUCCAAGAAAAUGUCAAGUUAAUUAUAAUGUUAUGUCGUUUUUUCGAAGAAGGCAAAGAGAAAUGCUAUGAAUAUUUCCCAAAAAGUGAAGGAAAACUGGUGUUCGGAGACUUUGUAAUUGAAUGUAUAUCUCGCUCAGUGAUACCUGAUACAGAUGGCGCAACAUGUGGAAUUUUAGAAGUCAAAAAUAGAGGAAGGAAAGAAAAGAUUCAACACAUAUGGUACGAAAACUGGAUGGAUCAUGCUGCACCCGAAAACUUUAAAGCCAGUUUUGAACUAGUCCAAAUUGCUCGGGCAAAAAGAAACAAUGCUCCGGUUGUGGUGCAUUGUUCUGCAGGGAUUGGACGAACAGGAUGCUUUGUUGGAAUUGAAUUAGCUGCUCAUAUGGUUGCUACAAGAACAAAUUUCAAAAUGGAGUCAGUGUUGAAAGAAAUGCGUGACCAGCGAAUGCAGAGUAUCCAGAACGAUGUGCAGUACCUAUACAUUCACAGAGGACUUCUUGAAUGUCUUAUACGGAAAGGAGUCACGAAAAGAAUGGAUGUCUUAAAAUUCAUAACCGAUUACGAUAAUCUUGUUAAACGGAAGAAAAAUAGAGAAGUGGAAAAAGACGUGUCGGUACCACGAGAAGAAAAGUCAAAGGAUUACACUCCUUCAGUGUAUUACACUCCCUUUAACCUCUAUUAG